ACGAUCGAAUAAUCGUUGACGAAUUUACGCAGCGGCCCUGGAUCGAUCGCUGGGGAAUCGCUCUAACCUAUAUCGAGCGAUCUUUAUAUUUAUUUACAAGAUGGUUCGGGCUCCGCGGUGUCGUGACACACUUUUUCAUCCGCUCGAUAAAGUUUCGGAGUGAGCCAGAAAUCUUGAUAAGUGAUAAACCAGUUCCUGAAAGAUUCACAUCCGCAUUUACCUUGACCCUUGCAUAGAAAGUGACCGCAGCCACACUUUUCGUGGAGGAUGUAACCGCGACGAUGCUGCGACAUAUCCAGUGCCAAAAAUUACUCCAGAUAAACGUUUUUAAUUAUUUAUCAUUCGUAGCGUGAAUACUAUUGAUGUGGAUGUAAAACUUUCGGUAUGUACUCUCCGAAUUUAAAUCAAUUUAAAUUUUCCGAACUCGGUGAAGGAAGGUAUUACACUGUAAAUCUUGGUAAAUGUGAUCUUGCAACGAUGAUGGAACUGAGUCAUAGUCUUACCCUCAAUGAGGAUGCAUUGAAUCAAAUCCCAGAAGCAAAACGUCCAGUUUUUGUAUUCGAGUGGCUCCGGUUUUUAGAUAAAGUAUUAGUUGCUGCUCAAAAGAGUGACAUUAAAGGAUGUCAACAGAAACUUGUAGAACAAUUAACUAGGCAUAUGCAAGGGGCACCUGGUCCUCCUACUCGCCGUCUGAUAGCUCGUUGUUUAGCGACUUUGUUCAGUGUGGGUGAUACAUUCUUGCUUUUUGAUACAGUAAACAAGUGCAAUGACAUUUUGAAGAAUAAAGAUGAUUCUCCGAGUUUCUUACCUACAAAAUUAGCGGCUAUAUGUUGUGUCGGUUGUAUGUAUGAGAAGCUAGGACGCAUGAUGGGAAGAUCGUACGAAGAAACUGUGCAAAUUCUCAUUAAAUCUCUAAGGUCGGCUGAAUCGCAAACACGAAUAGAAAUAAUGCAUACCCUGGAAAAGGUAUGUGCAGGAAUGGGAUCAGCGAUUACAAAUGUGCACAAGGAGAUAUAUAAGGUUUCCAGGCACUGUUUGACCGAUAGAGUUAUGGCUGUUAGAUGUGCUGCUGCAAAAUGUCUCCUGGAAAUGUUAAAUCAUGCGCCUUUCUUAUACACCACUGAAAUUGAGAGCGUUGCAACACUUUGUUUUCGUGCAUUUGAAGGAUCUAAUUACGAAGUACGAUGCUCAGUGGCAAAACUUCUUGGCGCGUUGGUAGCGAUGACUCAGAUCCCAGCACCGAAAGGAAAGAAUCCAACAGUUACACAAAAUAAAAUAUUUAAACAAAUAUCACUGGACGAAGUAUUAAACAUAUUAAUGUCUGGCUUCUUACGUGGUGGUGUUGGGUUUCUGAAAGGGACUGGUGAAAUGAUAAAAGGUAGUUCUGGAGUCAACAGAGAAGUCAGAGUUGGAGUUACUCAUGCCUAUGUUGUGUUUGUCCAAAUUUUGGGUGGAACCUGGCUAGAACGUAACAUUGGAACAUUAGUGGCACACGUACUAGACCUCGUUGCUAAUCCAAAAGCUGCUAGUUCACAUGUCGAUGCAGUUUAUUCUAGGAAAUGUAUUAACUUUAUUCUGCGUGGUACCAUCGGAAAGCUUUUAGGCGAAGGGGCUCAAGCAGCCGCUUGCAAAGAAAUAGCUCAUGUUAUUCUGAAACAGAUGAAUUCUAUAGAUUUUAGUCCUGAGAAUGCUAAAGACUGCAACCAGGAAACAUUGUUCAGUCAACAUUUGCUUGUCUGUGCGUUGCAAGAGAUGGGAAAUUUAAUCUUGGGUUUAGGUACAACAGCAUGUAACAUUCUAUGUGAUCCAUCAUUAAGUCUAGUUGAAACGACUAUGGCAGUUUUAGUACAUCCCUGUCAAGCUGCCAGGCUUGCAGCAGCUUGGUGUCUACGAUGCAUUUGUGUAGCAGUUCCAAGUCAAAUUACUCCAUUGAUUGAUAGAUGUGUCGAAGGUAUUGAAAAUAUGCGGAGCUCACCAGAGGCGAUCGCAGGAUAUAGCAGCGCACUCGCAGCAGUUUUAGGAAGUGUUCGAUUAUCUCCUCUCGGAGUUCCUCACAUGAAAGGAAAAAUCAUUUUUAACACAGCCGAAGAGUUGCUAAGAAGUGCAAGUCAAAACAGUCGAUUAUCGUUAAACAGAACCCACGCUGGUUGGCUUCUUAUUGGAGCUAUAAUGACUCUGGGUACAGCAGUAGUUAAAGGCUUGUUGCCUAGAAUGCUUUUAUUAUGGAGAAACUCGUUUCCACGCUCGAAUAAAGAACUCGAAAGUGAAAAAGCCCGUGGCGAUGCAUUUACUUGGCAAGUGACUUUAGAGGGCCGCGCCGGAGCACUGUCGGCGAUGCACAGCUUUUUGUUGCAUUGUCCAGAGCUUCUCAACGAUGACAUUACACGGCGACUUCUUACGCCCAUUGAAUCAGCCUUGGCAAUGCUUACGAAUUUGUCGACCGUCUUAAAAAAUUAUGGGCAACAAUUGAAAGCUCCCACGGCGAUGGUACGGCUACGGUUAUACGAAACGUUGUUGUUGUUGCCACCGCAAACAUUUGAAGGUUCGUACACUCACCUGCUGAGAAUGUUGGUGUCGGAGUUUACUUUAACGGAGAAUCCAGGAAAUACGACAACUUCCUUACUGCGUGUUGUCUGUCAUGCAAAUGACUCCGUCAUACUUGGCACUUGGCUGCAAGAAACGGAUCAUCGUACGAUCGAAGAUCAAAUGGAACCAAACCGAAGGGCAGAUUUGGAACAUUUACAGCCCAACAGUGCUGCAGGAUCUGGAGCGUUGGAACAUAACUCCUGCUGCUUGUAUCGUCCAGUACCUCCUAAUGAAAUGAUUCCUGGUCCUCUGCCAUUAGGCGUCGCUGUCAUCGACUUGUCGGUGUCUCUGUUCGGGCAAAUAUUCCCUCGGGUUGCAAACAAGCACAGAUUGCAGAUGUUGGACCACUUCAGCGAGUGUAUAAAACACGCGAAGUCUGGUCGACAGGAAGCAAUACAGAUGAACGUAUUCACAGCAGUGUUGAGUGGUCUGAAAGGUCUCAACGAAGCGAAAACCAGUUUCGGACAGGAGGACGUUAAGAAAUCUGCAACUAAUCUGAUUGUUAGUACAUUAGUGAGCAGUAAUUCCAUUCUACGAUGGGCAGCAGGGGAAGCAGUUGGUCGAAUGGCUCAAGUUAUCUCGGAUGCGAAAUUCACGGCGGAAUUGGCGCAAACCAGCUUCGAUAGACUGAAAUCUGCUCGAGAUGUUGCUAGCAGAACGGGUCAUUCUUUGGCUUUAGGCUGUCUACAUAAAUAUGUCGGCAGCAUGGGCUCGAGUCAGCAUUUAAAUACCAGCGUAAGCAUUUUGCUUGCCCUUGCUCAAGAUAAUACAUCUCCCGUUGUGCAGGUGUGGGCUUUGCACGCACUUGCUCUAAUUGCUGACUCAGGAGGCCCCAUGUUCCGGGGUUACGUAGAACCAACACUCUCGUUGGCGUUGACGCUCCUAUUAAAUGUGCCCCAUUCUUACAUCGAUGUCCAUCAAUGUAUCGGCAAAGUGUUAUCGGCGCUCAUCACCACGAUUGGACCUGAGUUGCAAGGGAAUACCUCGUCGAUCUGCAUGGCACGAUCCUCAUUUUUGUGUGCCUGUGCCAUAAUGCAAGAUCAUCAAGAUCCUCUCGUGCAGGCUGAAGCGACAGGAUGUCUUCAGCAGCUGCAUUUGUUCGCUCCUAGACACGUCAACCUUUCGUCUCUGGUCCCAACGUUAUGCCGAACCUUGUCCAGCAAUCAUCUACUUUUGCGGAAAGCAGCGAUAUCGUGUCUUCGGCAGCUCGCUCAACGCGAAGCUAAAGAAGUCUGUGAGCACGCGAUGACGUUGGUCAACGAAAGCAGAGGAACUAACGUGGUGGAGGGAUUGGUGAUAACGGAAACCGGGCUUCCAGGAGUACUUUUUAGCAUGCUCGACACGGAAACGGAUUCCAAGCUGAUCAGGGACAUCCACGACACCCUGACGAGCAUGUUGCAGAUCUUGGCUGCAGACAAUCUGUCUCAGUGGCUGUCCCUGUGCAAAGACGUUCUCACUGUGGCUUCCGAAUCUAGCACUAUCGAAGAAGGCACCAACGCGACAGUUGAGGACCCUGCCGCUGAUAAUGAAAACACCGAUGCGGAAGGAGACGACGACCAGGCAGAGUUUCAUGCCGACGAGUCUAUGAGACAACGACCGGCGGUCUCUCCACGUUGGCCAACGAGGGUUUUCGCUGCUCAAUGCGUUCGACGUAUCGUGUCCGCUUGCGUUAACAAUAAGCAGGCUCAUUUCGACCUCUUGUUGGCCAAGGAGAUGCAGUCUGCGAAAGGCAGAGGAGACUUCUUAGUCUUACACUUGUCAGACCUGGUCCGCAUGGCAUUCAUGGCAGCGACUAGUGACUGCGACCCUCUGCGGUUGGAAGGUCUCAAGACUCUGCAAGAAGUUAUCGACAAGUUCGCCAAAGUACCGGAGCCUGAGUUCCCUGGGCAUUUGCUUCUUGAACAGUUCCAAGCUCAGGUCGGAGCUGCUUUGCGACCAGCGUUUUCAGCAGAAACGGCGUCGCACGUUACUGCGGCUGCUUGUGAAGCUUGCAGUGCUUGGAUCGGAAGUGGCGUUGCCAGAGAUCUGAAUGACUUGCGUCGAGUCCAUCAGCUACUCGUCUCGUCCUUGGAGAAGUUAAGGGAAGGACAUACUCGUCCGCAGCUCUACAACGAGAGCUUGUCCACUCUCGAGAGACUGGCCAUUCUGAAAGCGUGGGCAGAGGUCUACGUGGUCGCGAUGAUCAACGACGGCUCUGUACCCAGUGCCAAGGAGACGGCUCUUCGGAACGUAAAUCAAACCGACGACGACAGUGAAGAUUUUGGAGAGUUUGAAUAUCAGAACGAGAGUCUUUUGAGUUUGGUACAACCGGAACUUUUGAGCCUGAGUCAAUAUUGGCUGGCUGCUUUGCGAGAUCAUGCCUUACUCUCAUUGCCACCGGAAUUCUCCAGUCAACUACCACACGAUGGUGGAGCUUUCUACACGACCGACACCAUGGAAUCUGCUCGUCCCUAUUAUUUGGAGUCAUGGGCUCCGAUUCUUUAUGCCGCUACGUUGUGGCUCAACGCAAGGGGUUUCGAAAUCGAUGAGUCCGCUAAUGUCGCGAAGAAUUCAACGGGUCCCUACAACAACAACAACAAUACUCCUCCUACAAAGACUGAUACCAAUAUCGAGCGGUUUCAUCUUCUUUUUGGCAUUUGUAUGGAGGCAUUGUGCAGUUCACGUUCUUCGGAAACUAGUCAAAAUAUAGAAAUAUGCCUCAGUGCUCUCUACACUCUCCUUGAUUCAGCUUGGGCUCGGAAGGUUUUGCUAACUGAUCGUUCACUUCCCAUAGAGCUGUGCAACGUUCUACAUAGAUUACUCUUAACACGGGAAAGCUAUGCCAUCCAAAUCAUGGUCAUGGAAGUUCUCAAGCAAGUGGUCAAGGCGACCCAGGAAGAUUUAGCUGAAAGGAAGAAAAUCAAAUUAAAAGAACUGGCUCCAUCGAACCAAGAAGUUGACCAGGUCCAUGAACUCGACUUGCUAGGAGAAGGAGAGGACUCCGGAGAACUUCCGCCAGGAAAGUCAUUAGUCUUUGCCAUUUUGGAAGUAUGUUUAUGCCUCCUGGUUCGACAGAUUCCUGCAUUAAAUCCCAAUCCAGGAGGAAUGACUGCUAUUCUGUCGCAACGCAAAUAUGCACCGUCCGAAGAAAGUGGAAGAUUGAUAGCUUCGGCUCUUGGGGUAAUGGAGACUCUUCCAAAGCUCUGCUCUCCUCAAGGUGCAGUGGCAAUCCUGCCGACUUUGUUGUACCUGACUACAGGUGUAAUCAGGGAAACCGCGGUUCGCGUUGAUAAUGAAACUGGGAAAACCGGACCCGAAACUCCGGUUCAUGCGGCAUUGCAUUGCCUUAAAGAGUUAACUGCAAAUGACUAUGCGAAAGAUUAUAGAAGCAAAGAACAAUGGACCGUCCUUCUACAGAGCGCUCUCGCCAAAAUCAUUGAUCUAGCGAAGACUGGAAGCAAUGAAACAAAAAUGGACGAAGUGGCCAUGAUGUUGGGCAUUGCUGUAUUCGUUCUCCAUGCUAAUCCUGAAGUAGUAAGUGCACCGAACCUGCAGUUUCCAUGUAUCAACCACUUCCGACAGUCAAUCCAAUCCGACAGCAUAAUGGUAAAAUUAAAGUGCGUCCAAACCCUGAAAACAAUUUUCAUGCAUCGAGAACGUACCAUCAGCACUCCUUACAUUCAUGCACUCGCUCCACGAUUGGUUGAGUAUCUUUACAGUGACAAAAGUAAACAAGUAAACAAUGAGACGGAACUUACCGUUACUUUGGAAUGUAUCAGUGCCGUCGAGGGUCUCAUAUCAUUGGCUGAACCUGCUACCCGAGACCUUAUGCAAGGUAUUCAAAUGCUGACCCUUCUUGUGCCGAUAUUAAUUAACUACUUAUUGGAAGAUGAUAAAUUACAGUAUAGUUCCAAAUAUCAGAUCAGUCUUCAUCAACAAAGCUUCCAAUGGCUCAACAAAAUUGGCCCAAAAUAUCCUCAGGAAUUCAAAAGUUUAAUGUCGCAGUCAACCGAAUUAAAAACUAAAUUAGAGAAUGCAGUGAGAUCAAGUCAUCAACAGGCUCAGCGGAAUACAAGAGCUGCAGAGCCAUUAAAAACGCAAAUCAAAGUACCAGCUCCGCCAUCGAUUAAGUUGAAAACCGACUUCUCGAAUUUCAACUGAGCCGAAGGAAUAAUCCUAGAAACGUAUUUCGUAAUAUCACUCGUGGUAGAACGAUAUAAUAAAAUCUAGGCUGUUAAUUUACCCCCCACUACUUACAUGUACGUAAUUUGAAACCUAGACUAUUUAUUCUCCUUUUAUGUGUAAAUAUACUUUGAAUAGCAAAAGUCAGGAUAAAUUAUUGGCGCCAUUGUUAAAUUCGUCAGGAAGUGAAUAGAAAUAAAUAUGAUUUAUUAGUGGCAAGGUGUCUUGCCAGACCAAUAAACCGACACGUACAGGUUUAAUUCAUUGUAAUGUAGAUUAUUAAAUAGCGAGACGGAUCUGAUACACUCGAAUCGGUUCGAACUUCUAAUUUCGAAUUAAGACGUCCAUAGAAAGCGGUUUAUUAAAUCAAUUUUUAAGAGUAUUUUUAACGGACGCCAAAAAUUGCAAAGCAAGCAUCAAAUAUUUUAUGCAUCGACUUAUAUCGACAUUUAGGCAGAACUGUGUUGUAGGAAUUGUAGAUAAAAAUUUAUUCAUUCAAACUGUAAUAGGAUGUGACAGAGUAGUAUUUACAUUAAAUAUUAUUUUGUUGAUCAAUGCGUUAGUUACAGUGAAUGUCUGUAAAUGUGUGAAAAACGCACAAUCUAUUAGGAGGGUAUGAUCUUUUUUUUUUUAAUUACAUUCCGCACUUGUUUAAUGCAACAUGUGUUACAGAUGCAGAUAUGUUAAAAAGUAUAUUGAGAGAUCGUAAUACUCCUCAGAAAUAUGCUCGGCUUACUCUAAUGCUUGGGUUUAUUAUUUUCUUCUUUGAUACAAUUUCUUGCGUGUAUACGUUUACUACAAUAUAUCAUGUAUUCGGCACAAAACAGGAUAAAUAUUCGAUAAGACUGUUAGUAUUAGACAAAUGAUUAUAUAGUUAUAUCACAAAGUUAUGAUAUUUUUUUAUAAUAUCGUUUAAAGUCACCGUAAUUAGGCAGAUUGCUAGCCAGGCAAAAGCCCUAUUUUAAAUUCUAUCAACUUAACGUUUAAUUCAUUAGCAAUAGCAUAAGGUCGCUGUGUACAAGGUGAAGAAUUAUGUCUUACAAAUUGUUUGCCGUGUAUAAUAAAUUUAAAUAGUCAUUCAA